AUGACGGAUCAUAUUACUUCAUAUACUCCGCUGGAGGUUCCCCUGCCUCCAGCUCCGGACCUUUCGUUCUUUACAGAUGCGCAGUGGAAGACCCUCUUCGCGUUAACCGAUGCCAUAGUGCCGUCGAUUCGCACGGCUGCCACUGUCAACUCAUCGACGGAUAAGGUGAUUUCGACUGCGGAGUGGGACUCGGCGGUCACCAAGCUAUCCUCGUUGAUUCCGGGCCCUGAUGCUGCAAAGAUCGCGACCGUUUAUCUGGAAGAGGAUGUUUCGUCAAAUCCCGUCUUUCGCGCGUGCGUGGGUCGGAUAUUCGGAGACUAUGUGCAUGAGGAGGGGAGGAGUGGCUUUGGGUUGAUAAUGAAUGCGCUCAACACUCGAGCGGGCUCACUGAUUUUGACCGGGUCAACCAGACUGAUUCAUCAGCAGCCGAUUGCCUUGCGCGAAAAGGUUUUCCGGGGAUGGGACUCUUCCCGCCUGCCCCCCCUCCGUGCGGUCUACCGCGGCCUGACGGCCAUUGUCAAGAAGUCCUGGGUGAUGACAAGCCCAACGAUAAAUCAGGUGCUCGGGUUUCCCCGUAUUCCGGUCCAUGGGAAGCCUACCGAUGGAUUACCGUAUGAGUUCCUGCAGUUCCCCGCCGGGGGUGAGCCCGAGACCAUCGAGACCGACGUGGUGAUUGUUGGGAGCGGCUGCGGUGGUAGUGUGACCGCGAAGAACUUGGCUGAGGCGGGCCUCCGCGUGGUCGUGGUUGAGAAGUCAUACUCAUAUUCCAGCAGAUCAUUCCCCAUGACCCCGAAUGAGGCAUACAUCAACAUGUUCGAGAAUGCGGGCGCCACCAUCAGCGAGGAUGGCUCAAUGGCGGUCCUGGCGGGCUCAACCUGGGGCGGUGGUGGCACGGUCAACUGGUCUGCCGCUCUGCAGACCCAGGCUUAUGUUCGUCAGGAGUGGGCGGAUACUGGCCUGCCCUUCUUCACAUCCCUUGAGUUUCAGCGAAGUCUGGACCGCGUCUGUGACCGAAUGGGAGUCAACACAGAGCACGUCGAGCACAACCGCCAGAAUAACGUGAUCUUAGAGGGUGCGCGCAAGCUAGGCUAUGCCGCCAAAGCAGUGCCGCAGAACACCGGGAAUGGCGAGCAUUACUGUGGCUACUGCAUGUUGGGCUGCCAUUCAGCCGGCAAGAAAGGCCCCACGGAAACGUUCUUGGCCGACGCAGGCAAGGCGGGAGCCGUCUUCAUUGAAGGCUUCAAGGCCGAUAAGGUGAUAUUUGACGGAAAGACUCAGAAUGGCAGGCGGGUCGCGAUUGGCGUGGAAGGCACUUGGACAUCGCGCGAUUCGUAUCUUGGCAUCAAUGGAAAUGGGGCCGUGAAGCGCAAGAUAAUUAUCAAGGCCAAGAAGGUGGUUGUUUCGUCAGGAACCUUGCAAAGCCCUCUUUUGCUGCUGCGGAGUGGCAUCAAGAAUUCUCAGGUUGGAAAGAAUCUGCAUCUGCACCCAGUCAUGGGUGGCGGCGCGGUGUUCGACGAGUCGGUUCGCCCGUGGGAAGGCGCGGCGCUGACGACAGUGGUGAAUGAGUUCGAGGACCUGGAUGGACAUGGACACGGCGUCAAGAUCGAGGCCGUGUCGAUGAUGCCGUCCGUGUAUAUUCCGGUCUUCCCGUGGCGAAAUGGCCUGGACUAUAAGCUGUGGGCGGCGGGGAUGAGUCGCAGCACGAGCUUCAUCACGCUGACCAAAGACCGCGAUGGCGGACGGGUCUUCCCCGACCCGGCGGAUGGUCGUCCUAGGAUUGAUUAUACCGUCUCCAACUUCGACCGGCGCCACAUCGUGGAGGGCUUGAUUGCUGCCGCGAAGAUCGCGUACAUAUCUGGCGCGAAGGAGUUCCAUACGACCUAUCGUGACAUUCCGCCCUUCGUCCGUCCAGAUGCGUCCAACCCCGAUGCCCCAGAGGGGACCAACGAUGCUGCUCUGCAGAAUUGGAUUGCUGAGCUGCGCCGCAAAUCCCCCCCUCAACCCCGAACGGGGCCUGUUCGCCAGUGCACACCAGAUGGGGACGUGCCGGAUGGGCUCGUCCCCCAAAUCCAGCGUGGUAGACCCGCACUGCCAGGUCUGGGUGCCAGCGGCGUGAACCCGAUGGUCACCAACAUGGCCAUUGCUGAUUGGGCUAGCCGAAACGUCGCCCUGGCGUUGGGCAAGCCCCGAGGCGACCGGAACGGCAUGGCCCGCCUCUAA